ACCGCAUGUCAGACUUUAAGGGGCGGCUGUCUCCGGCCACGUCGGAGAUGAACCUGUACACCUUCAACAGCCGCAGCACCAGCCCCGUGCACGGCAGCAGUAUGAGCAACGUGCCCCACCGGGCCCGCUUCUCCACCUACGACACCCUGAGGAGCGGCCGCAGGCAAGAGGGCCCCAACAACGUGGGGUUCACACCACAGGUUGUUAAUCACAUGCCCCUGCGGUCAGCCACUCUGGGAAAUCCAAACAGACGGGACUUUAUAGAAGAACUGACCAAACAGCUGGACACCAUCCAGAAGCGGAACACGUUUCUUGAAGCAGAGAGUGUAGAGAUGGAGAAGGAGAGAAACCAGAUAAGGUUUGAGAUGCGCAAUCUCCUGGUGAACAAUGAGGAUCUGCUGAGGACCAACGCUCAGCUGACCAAUGACAACAAGCGGAUUAGAGAGCACUUAAUGGAGCUGGAGAGAGAGAACCAGGUCAUGGCUGAGAAAUACAGACAGCUGGAGGUGGAAAUGAAGGAGGCACGGGAUGUGAUGGUGGAAGCCAACACUCAGGAAUACGCCUUCAACUUCCUGCAGCAGUCACUCAAGAACAAGAUACAGGAUGCAGAGGAGAACCUGGAUAAGCAGACGCAGCAUGCCCAGACCAUGGCGGAGAAGCUGUGGCUGGCAGAAAGGAAGGUGGAAGAGAUGGAGGUGGACAGGGAGACCCGAGACAAGAGGACCUCGAGCAGAGCUGCACCAUCUCCGGGCUCGAGGAGGAGCUUGGAAACGCUAUUCUGCAGUCGACCCAGGCGGGGGCAGAGUUUAACCUGCAGCUGAAGCUGCGUCAGGACGCGCAGCUGAGGCUGGAGGAGCUGGAGGAGACUCUGCUGGAGAAGGACCAGGAGCUCCUGAGAGUCGAGGCCAUCGUGGU